UUCAUCUUUCCAUUGGCAGCAGGGCACAUCUGUGGCUAUACUUCUGUACUCUGAAACUCUGAAGGAUCUCAAACAGUGAAUGAAACAGAAUCAUGGAUGGAUUAUUUCAAGCUAUGGCUAUGAAGUUCAGAAUGUUGGAGGAACUUUCCUCGAGGAAAAGUUGAAGAUUAACUGUAAUUGCUUGCAUGUUGUCUCCACCAUUCAACUCAUCUGAAUAUGGGAGCUGAUCAUGCCAGCAAGUUUGGGGGCAAGAGGACAAGGCCAAACACACCCUCUGGGAAACACCUGAGGACUCUCCGGGCCCCUAAGGGACUUUAUCUCCUCCCUAAUCCCAUCUGAUAGGGUGGUAAGCAUGGCAUUCUUUUUAUGGCUUCCCUUGUCUGGUUUGUGCUGCUUCUUUUUUCUUUUAGUAGAUGGUCAGGAGAUAGCCACUCUCACUGUAAAGUACCAAGUUUCAGAAGAAGUGCCCCAUGGAACGGUGAUAGGAAAACUGUCUAGAGAGCUGAGCUGGGAGGAGGGAAGCAGACAAGAAGGGGCUUUCCAGAUUUUGCAGCCACCUCAAGUGCUCCCUAUUCAGGUUGGCUCUAAAGAUGGCUUACUCAGCACAGAGAGAAGGCUGGACAGAGAGCAACUCUGCAGACAGAAAGACCCUUGCCUGAUAUCUUUCGAUGUGCUGGCCACAGAGGGCCUAGCUUUGAUUCACGUGGAGAUCCGGGUGCUGGACAUCAAUGAUCACCACCCCCGCUUCCCCAAAGCAGAGCAGGAGCUGGAGAUCUCUGAAAGCGCCUCUCUGCGGACCAGAAUUCCCUUGGACCGAGCCUGGGACCUUGACACGGGCCCCAAUACCCUGCACUCGUACUCGCUCUCUCCCAGUGAGCACUUUGCUCUGGAGGUGAUCCUGGGGCCUGAUGAAAGCAAACACGCAGAGCUUGUGGUGGUGAAGGAGCUGGACCGGGAGCUGCAUGCAGCCUUCAACUUGGUACUGACGGCCUUUGACAACGGGGAUCCCCCCAAGUCGGGUACCAGCUUAGUCAAGGUCAGUGUUCUGGAUUCCAACGACAACAGCCCCGUGUUUGCAGAGAGCUCAUUGGCUUUAGAAGUUGGGGAAGAUACCAUCCCGGGGACCCUUCUCCUAAACCUCACGGCAACUGACCCUGACGAGGGCCCAAAUGGGGAGGUAGAGUUUUCCCUCGGGAAGCACGUGCCACCAGAUGUGCAGAACACCUUUAGUAUUGAUGCCCAAACAGGUCAGAUCACUCUGAAUCGGCCCCUGGACUAUGAAAAAACCCCUGCCUAUGAGAUAGAUGUACAAGCCAGGGACUUGGGUCCCAACCCCAUCCCCGCUCACUGCAAAGUCCUCAUCAAGGUUCUAGAUGUCAAUGACAACUCCCCGAGCAUCCAUAUUACAUGGGCCUCUAGACCAUCUGUGAUAUCCGAAGCUCUUCCCAAGGACAGCUUCAUUGCCCUCGUGAUAGCAAAUGACCUGGAUUCUGGGGACAACGGCCUGGUUCAUUGCUCCCUCAAGCAAGGACGGGGACAUUUUCAACUAAAAAGAACCAAUGGUAAUACUUACAUGCUCCUGACCAAUGCUGUCCUAGACAGGGAGACGUGGCCUCAGUAUAACUUGACGUUGUUAGCCCAAGACCAGGGGGAACAGCCCUUAUCGGCCAAGAAACAGAUUACGAUUCAGAUCAGUGACAUCAAUGACAAUGCGCCCGUGUUUGAGGUGAGCAAGUACAAUAUCUCCAUUUGGGAGAAUAAUCUACCUUCUUCCCACCUCAUCACUGUUAAGGCUCGUGAUGCUGACCUGGAUCUCAAUGGAAAAGUCACUUACCGUCUUCAGGAAUCUUCUUUUUCCCAUCUGGUAGCUAUUGACUCUGACACCGGGGAGAUCUCAGCAUCUACUACCCUGGACUAUGAACAAAUGACGGGUUUUCAAUUUCUGGUAAUAGCAGAAGAUGGAGGUGAGCCUCGGCUUGUUUCUAGCGCCUCUGUGAAGGUGAGCCUCCUUGACAUCAAUGACAAUGCUCCCAUUGUGGUGCAGCCUGUCCUUAGUGGUGGGACAGCCUCUAUUUCUGUGUUUGUGAACUCUUCCACGGGUCACCUAAUGGUCUCUUCUGAGACCCCUGACUCCUAUAGAGCAACUGUCUCUGGCACAUCUUCCUUGGUGGCCUCUAGAUCCUGGCUGUUUCUCUUAAUGACCAUUGUGGCCAUUGAUGCAGAUUCUGGGGACAAUGGAAAUCUUCUCUAUGCCAUUCAGAGUGGCAAUGAGGCUCGCCUCUUCUUCCUUGAUCCUCACGUGGGCCAGCUGUACAUCAAUGCUACAAAUGCCAGCAGCCUCAUUGGCACUGAAUGGGAACUGAUGAUUGUUGUCACUGAUCUUGGAAAUCCCCCCUUGGAGACCAGAGCUAUGGUGAAAGUGACUUUCACCAACAGCCUUGAUCAUCUGAAGAACCUGGCUCAGGAAUCUAGCCCCUUGAGCACCUCAGUAGUGACUGUGAUUUGCUUGGCUGUAUUGUUGGCCAUCUUCUUGUUGAUUCUUGUUCUGAUUGUGUCCAUCUGCAGAACUGACCGUAAGGAUAACAGAGCCUAUAACUGCAGGGAAGCAGAGUCAACCUACCGACACCAACCCAAGAGGCCCCAGAAACAAAUCCAGAAAACUGACAUUCACCUAGUGCCAGUGCUCAGGGGCCAAGUGGAGGAGCUAAGUGAAGCUGAGCUACCCCACAAGGAAGCAGGAAAGGAAAAGGUUCCAGAAACAGACUGGGACUCUCCAUUGCAGGCUCCAUAUUUAACCCCAACAUUGUAUAGGACACUUCGGAACCAAGGGAACCAGGGAACUUCUCCUGAGGAAAGAGAGGUGUUACAGGAUACCUACAAUCUCCUUUUCCACCAUCCCAGGCAGAGAAAUGCCUCUCGAGAAAAUCUGAGCCUUCCAGAUCCCCAACCAACAUGCCAGCCUCACCUCAAGGCCUCAAAAAAUAUGGGAAGUCCCCAGAUAAGGCCAUCCCAAGAGCAGAGGAGUGAUCCAGCAGUACUAGACCUUCUGGCCUCUACUACAACUCUUAGGAGGCAGCGAAACCUGAAUGGCAAAGAGGACCCAGACAAAGAGCAUCACCCCCACCAGAUCCUGCGCAGUCUGGUUCGACUGUCUGUGGCUGCCUUCACAGAACGCAACCCCAUGGAGGAGCUCACCAUUGACUCUCCUCCAGUUCAGCAAAUCUCCCAGCUGCUGUCCUUGCUGCACCAGGGCCAAUUUCAACCCAAACCAAACCACAGAGGAAACAAAUACUCAGCCAAGACCGGUAGUGUCAGAAAUGCAGGAUUGGAGACAGACUGGCAAAGUACCAGGGAGGGUGACCAUGGGGAACACGAAGCUGAAGAAGGGAAUUCGGACAACGAGCUGGUGAAACAACUCUUGGAAGAAGAAUUAGAGAGCUUGUUCGAUCCUCAGACAGGUCUGGCGCUUGAUCGGCUGAAUGUCCCAGAUCCAGCUUGGAUGGCGAGGCUGUCCCUGCCUCUUAACACCAACUACAGAGACAAUGUCUUCUCCCCAGACUCCCCAGCCUCUAACCAGGGUCGAGAAGUCACUGCCAUGGAGGAACCAAGAACCUUCCAGACAUUUGGUAAAUCAGCUGGGUCUGAGAUAAACUCGAUGGGGACCCAGCUGGCCAGCACCUUCCUCUCAGAGAUGAGCUCCCUGUUUGAGAUGCUGCUAUCCCAGAACAGCAACGCCCCUGUAGCCCCCUCUGAAGUGCUGCAGCGCCUCUCAGCCUGCGGCAAGACUCUGGGGUUGGACCUUGCUGGGAGUGGGGCCCUGGGCUCCGAAGCCAUAGGUACAAGCGGGAAGAAAGGACCCAAGAGCAGGACUGACAGCAGCACUAGCAGCAGGGGUCUGUGAAGACAGUCCUUCUGUCUUAGGAGAACCCUAAGCCAUGCGCCCCAGAGAUUGAGGAGCCUGGGAGUGUUGCCUGUUCUGUACACACCUUAAGGCCUGUCGGGUUUGGUGCUGGGGGAUGAGCCAGAGGCCUACGUCCCAUGGGUAGGGCCUUGAAAUCUCUGACCUCACCAUGAGGAAACCUAACCUGAGGUAGACAGAAAACUCCUGACUGAUUCUACAUCCAAAAAUUGCUCCAAGGAAAGACACCUCGCUCAUCCCCAGGAUGGCCAAAAGCGGACCAAAGCAAACUUCUUUAAAUGACUCAACCUACUGAAGGACUUGGCUGAAGAAUGGGUGCUAGACUAAAGUAGAGACUGGGUGUUUGCUAGUAAAAUACACACAGAAGGUAAAGAAACAUUUCCUCGGGGGCAGCUAAAACUAGAACUGGACUGAGAGCUAAAACUAGAAAUGAGAAGUCUUAAGUUCAAAUUUGACCUCAGAGUCUUCCUAGCUGUGUGACCCUGGGCAAGUCACUUAACCACCAUUGCCUAGCUUUUCCCAUUCUUCUGCCUUGGAACCAUUACACAGUAUUAAUUCUAAGACAGAAAGUAAGGGUUAAAAAAAAGAAAGAAAAACAUUUCCUAGAAGAAGUGCUUAAGAAAUAUGACAAGCAAGUAUGUGUGAAUGAACAUUCUCAUGAAAAACACUACCUGAGUUUCCUCUCAUUUGAUAAAGACUGAGCCACCCUUGCACGUUCUUCAAUCAGUGUUAAUUGGCUCAUUGAUAAGGUAGCAUAAAUCUUCUAGUUGUCACCUCUUCUCAAUAAUGAAAAGUGGAGGAAGGAAGAAUAACACAGUGUUCACUUUGCCCAUCUCCUCCAAUAAACCUUUGGCCAAUUUGGUUAAAGUCAGUUUUAGGGAGUAAAUGAAGAGGCUCCUUUGACUUCACCCCAAAGUGACAUGUAUGUUAAGUACACACACUUAUACCGUCUAUGCAUUUCACCAGAGCCUGACAUUCUAAUCAGCUGCCACUAAAGAUCCCUUCUCUAGAAAUGUCUUCUGGCUUUGGCCUAUUGGUCCUCUUUGAUGUGGUUUUAAAGGGGUAAUAGUGAUGUCUAUGUAUAACAGGACACCUGAGAUUAAACUCUUCUCACUUUGGGAGAUGAGAAAUGGCCAAUAAUUUGGGCCAUUGCCAGCGGUGAACUUGCCUGAGCUUCACUCUGGAGACCUAUUAAAAAUAAAAUACUUCCAAAGCAA